AUGGAAUACAUCACCACUGCUCAGACCCAACCAGAAGUAGGUUGGAAGAGGCCCAGAACGAAGAUCGUCUGCACUUUGGGACCCGCUUCAAGGUCGAUUCCAAUGGUUGAAAAGCUUCUCAAGGCAGGUAUGAAUGUCGCUCGCUUCAAUUUCUCUCAUGGAUCUUACGAGUACCAUCAGGAAACCCUCGAGAAUCUCCGUAAGGCCAUGGAGAACACCGGUAUUCAAUGUGCAGUCAUGCUCGAUACCAAAGGUCCAGAAAUUCGAACCGGGUUUCUGAAAGAUGGGAAGCCGAUCCAAGUGACGCAAGGUCAAGAGAUCACAAUCUCCACCGAUUACUCGAUUGUAGGUGACGAGAAUAUGAUAUGCAUGAGUUACAAAAAGUUGGCUCAUGAUUUGAAACCAGGAGGCACGAUUCUCUGUUCAGAUGGCACCAUUACGUUUACUGUUCUUUCCUGUGAUACUGAAAAGGGAUUGGUUCGUUGUCGCUGUGAGAACACCUGGACUCUUGGUGAGAGAAAGAAUGUUAAUCUUCCAGGUGUCAUUGUUGAUCUCCCAACUUUGACAGAAAAAGACAAGGAAGAUCUUCUCAAAUGGGGUGUUCCUAAUAACAUUAAUCUGAUUGCUUUAUCUUUCGUCCGCAAAGGCUCAGAUCUUGUUGAGGUUCGCAAAGUGCUUGGUGAACAUGCUAAAAACAUCGUCCUUAUGUCAAAGGUUGAGAAUCAAGAAGGCGUUUCCAAUUUCGAUGAAAUCCUAGCCAACACCGAUGCAUUCAUGGUGGCUCGUGGUGACCUCGGAAUGGAGAUCCCAAUCGAGAAAAUAUUCUUGGCACAAAAAACCAUGAUUUACAAAUGCAACGUAAAAGGAAAGCCUGUGGUAACCGCGACUCAAAUGCUCGAGUCCAUGAUCAAAUCCCCAAGGCCGACUCGAGCAGAGGCCACAGACGUGGCCAACGCGGUCCUCGACGGCACAGACUGUGUCAUGCUGAGCGGUGAAACCGCCGCCGGGGCCUACCCCGACAUAGCGGUUGCCACCAUGGCUAAGAUUUGCAUGGAAGCUGAAAACACAAUCGAUUACCCGCUCCUUUUCAAAAAGAUCACUGCAACCGCACCCGUACCUAUGAGCCCGCUUGAAAGCCUGGCAUCCUCCGCGGUUCAAACCGCCAACGCAUCACAUGCUAGAAUGAUUUUGGUGUUGACUAGAGGCGGCACCACCGCGAAGCUGGUGUCCAAGUACCGGCCUCAGAUUCCUAUUCUAUCGGUGGUGGUUCCAGAGGGGAAGUCUGAUUCAGGUGGUGGAGUGUCGCCUAGCGAUGAAGCUCCAGUGAGACAUAGUUUUAUUUUCCGGGGUUUGGUUCCGGUUUUGUGUCCCCCGGGGUCCGCUAAAGCUUCUAAUAUGGAAUCAACUGAAGAAGCAUUGGAGUUUGGAUUGCAACAUGCUAAGAGUAAAGGCCUUUGCAAGGAGGGAGAUGCGGUUGUUGCUUUACACCGAGUUGGAACUGCAUCCGUCAUCAAGAUUAUCUAUGUCAAGUGAAAGUGAAAGUGAUUCCUCUCACGCGCAUCUCCAUCGUUAUUUCCAAAUCGUUUUCUUCAAGUAAUAAAUCAUUUCGUGCUUGUUUUUCACCGAGUCAACUCGGUUCAAUCAUGUUUUGUUGCUAAUUGCUAUGUGCUUAGUAUAAUCAAAACUAAUUUUUGCAUUAAAUUUGUGUUGAUAUAUAAUGGAAUAAUGAAUGGUUCAUUCUA